AUGGGCUUCUUGGAGAGAUCAAGGUCCUUACGGCGCAAGGAGACGCCAUUCAUGCGCAAGAAGAACGAUGAGACGACUACCACACAACAAACUAAAGAUACUGAUGUUGAGAAAGACAUGCAGCGUGCUGUCAAGAGCGCUCAUGGUCACAAAGAUUCGACUCCAAGAGGAACACAGACAUCACCUUCAGAUCUGUCAAGGCCUCGUACUGCAAGCAGAAUGAUAGCUCAGGAAACAUACCCUGAAGUGUCGAUGCCUAAUUCUGCGCGAAACUUUGCAGAAUCACUUGCUUUCAAGCUCCCCAGCGGACCUUCUAGGAGAAUGUCCAUGACCCCGUCGCCACGCACAACCACAACCAGACUGACUCUCCACGCCAAUCACUCGACGCCUGGUGUGGUGUCUGAGGCCCCGAGAAACCCUAAGCGAUCCAUGACUACUCCCAUCGAGCCUCUUUCGACUGUGAUCAAGAAGGAGGAGAAGCUUAUCGAAACAAUAGCCCCACUCAAGACUGAAGUGCCCUCGGCUGCUCCACGUAAGGAGCCCCAUCUGCGCAAAUCAAAAUCUGGUACCUGGAGGUCGUUCUUUUCGAGGAAACAAUCAAAACCACCGCUCCCAGACUUUAAUCCAGCAGAUGUUGCACAACCACCGGCACUCCCAAAAAUCUCUUCUAAGAGCUCCGUGCCGGCAAUACCUGCCAAGGAUGGGAAGAGACUCGAUCGCAACUCAAUCUCUGUAGACAAGACAAGAGGCAUGCAAGAUGGUCCGCGAGCUCAGUCUACCAAGAGCAUAGGUGACACAUCCGCGCUACCGCAGCUAAAGGCAGCCAAUCUUUCGGCUUUGCAACCUCCACCACGAUCAACCGCACGAAGCCCUAGCGCAGGAUCAGCCAUGUCACAAUAUUUCGAUGCUUCAUCGCAUACUAGCGGUUCUCUGCCGGUGACACCUCGAGAGGAGUUUGGUCAACGCAGACUCAACGUCAAUAUUCCUGCCGUAGAGAUGGAGCGCUACAGCGUCAUGUUUGAGAAGCUGCUCAAACCUCAGACCUCACUAAUGGACAGACGUCAGACAAUGGUGAGACAGCUGAACCUAUCAGAGCAGCCACCAGGAAGGCUCGCUCCCGAAUCUCCUGCGUUGCAGCGCCGUGCAACAUCACCAAAUCUUAGUUGCCGUACCCCAAUGACUGCUAAGAUGAACGGAGAUGGCUCUCAAGUUGCUACUCCGGUUCCUGUGCAUCGCACAGAAGACGCACCGCGCCUUCUGCGCUCACAGACUGCGCCACCGGGAGCACUUGCGUCGUCGCGUAAUGGCCGCGAACAGCAGAGCCGUGCGCCUAGCACCACCAACAACUCUUCAGCAUGCUCCACCAACUCACUCAUGUGGAGCGAUGCAUCUCGCCCGCAAACUCCAGCUUCGGAUGCGGAAUCCUUUGUCAGUUUUGAUGUCAACGAUGUCGAAAACGACAGCAGUGAUGAAGAUGACGAUCACGACGAUACUGGCGUCUACAUCCACGAUGCUGUAGCGAUGCAAGCGACUUCUCUGUUCAAGGAUCCUCAUUGGAGGAACGACACGCCCGUCGUGUCUGCUCCGCCAAUCCCAGCCAAAGCACUAGGACGCCAAAGUCCUCCUGCCUUCGAAGUGGAACGACAAGCGACCACAAUCGACCGUCCGCACCCACCACGCACAAGCUCACUCGACGACACUGCCGCGAAACGCAAGACCAUUGGUCCUACCAUCGGGAUUGCCAGAAAAAUCUCCGUUGUGCGUAGAGCUCCUCCUGGUGGGCUUAGUGUGCCUUCGCCUGCAAAGGCAAAGACUCCCGCAGCUCUGAAUCCAACUACGCCUAUGCCAGUUUUCAGCAAGCAGCCGCUACGCCCGAAGCUUGUAGAUGUGCGCAACCGCAAGAGUACUCUGGUCGUGCUUGACGAAGCCUAG